UCGAGGUUGCAGCAGGCAGAGGGAGACGGUGGAAGGUAAAGCAGGGAGGCAGCAUCAUGGCGGACAGAGACAGUGGCAGUGACCACGGAGGGCCCACCGCAGGCCCCGGCUCGCUGCCCCCGGGUGCGAUGGGCGCCAUGUCCCGGCUGCAGCACGACACCGAGGAGCUCGCCUCCAAGCGCGUCGACAUCCAGAACAAGCGCUUCUACCUUGACGUGAAGCAGAAUGUGAAAGGCCGCUUCCUAAAGAUAGCCGAGGUCGGAGCUGGGGGAAACAAGAGCCGCCUCACUCUCUCCAUGUCGGUGGCCGUGGAGUUCCGCGAUUAUCUCGGGGACUUUAUCGAACAUUACGCCCAGCUGGGCCCGACCAACCCGGACAUGGUGCAGGAUGAGCCCCGGCGGGCGCUCAAGAGCGAAUUCCUGGUGCGGGAGAAUCGGAAAUAUUACAUGGAUCUGAAAGAGAACCAGAGGGGGCGGUUCCUGAGGAUCCGACAGACCGUUAAUCGGGGGCCCGGAUUGGGAAGCGCGCAAGGCCAGACCAUCGCUCUGCCGGCGCAGGGUCUCAUCGAGUUCCGCGACGCUUUGGCCAAACUCAUUGACGACUACGGCGUGGACGAGGAGCCGGCGGAGCUCCCGGAGGGCACCUCGCUCACGGUCGACAACAAGCGCUUCUUCUUUGACGUGGGCUCCAAUAAGUACGGGGUCUUCAUGCGGGUCAGCGAGGUGAAGCCCACGUACCGGAACUCCAUUACGGUUCCGUGCAAAGUGUGGUCCAAAUUCGGGAACACCUUCUGUAAAUACGCGGAGGAGAUGAGGAAGAUCCAGGAGAGGAGUAGAGAGAAACGGGCCUCGGAACUGCUACCUGAGGGCCCGCACGGCGGAGACGACGGCGACGAUGACUGACGCGGAUUUUAGAGCCGAAGUGAAACAGCAAAGACAAAACUGAACUCUGAGAGAAAACCAGACUUUUAACUGUAAAAUAGGAAGAGAAUUUCCAAGGGAAUCACCCCACACACACAACCUCCACAGACAUGGCAGCACCUCUGCUGUCUCCUCGCUCAUUUUACUGGAUGUCACUCCACUUACCACCCAUGUAACAGUAAGCCGCUGCUAUCAAGGAUUGAACUGUAAGAUAUGAACUGUUUCCUACUUGAUUUAAAUGACAAUGAACAGAGUGUUUAUAUCUCUAUCAAACGACAGAUUUUGCACACAUCAAAGCUAUUUCGAAAAAAAGAGAGAAAUGUUUAAAUGUUUUCAAACUGGUCAUAUGCUAAGAUUUAAUCAAACAUAAAACCAGAGGUCUACUAUAUAAAAUGACAGUCUUCAUGUAGAACGAAUAUUUGACAUCAGCACAAAGAGAAUAUAUUAUGGACUUUAUGAAACCAAAAUCUGAUACCAGAUGUAUAGUUUAUUAUAAAGGUACGCAGAAUAAAUAUGAAAGCGCUCUAAAAGUGUAUGAAUUGCAGAACGCAGCACUGCAGGCCUGUAAACACCUGUCAGCAUGCGUGUAGGCUCAUGUUUUGAAAAGAAGUUUGGCAAAGUAGGCUGUAGUCUUUAAUUUGACCUAAAACCCAGUAGGCUAAUGAAAGCGUUUCCAUCAUGCCAUUAUGGAAAUGCUGAGAAUCAAAAGUAAAUAGCCUAUUUUGUGCGCCUCAAACAACUGGGACAAAUCUAUCUCUGAGCUACUAUAUUGAAUAUCAACCCUCUUGCACCAUGUCCAUAUAAACUUAAAUGAAAAAAGUGCUAACUUAGAUGUACUAAUUAUGAUUUUGUGAAUCAGCUGUAAAAAAAAAUCCUUAUUAAGACGCCCACGUUUUCUGUGGGUUACGUUAUUUCUUUCUGUUACUUUGUUGUUUU